UUCCCACUAAUGAUAAUUUGAUUACAGGAAUCAGAUGGGUUUAAUUCUCACUCGCAUUAAAAUGGAAACAAACGGGAAAAACCUUCUCUGGCAUCUCUGCUGUGCAAUUGAAAUUCCUCUUCACUGCUCACCUUCAAGCUCUACUCUUCGCUCCGCCAACCUGGAGCCAAACAGGGGAGAAGAACCAGGGGGGUCAGAGCCUGUUUUGGUCAGUUCUCGACAUCUAGUUGAGUUUUCAUGGGUACCCAAACACAGCUUGAUUCUUAGCUUCUUGUUGCUUCAACUUUUAUUUGAGUUAUCUACCACUGUGGUCAGAAUUUUUUCUUUUUCUGGAUGAAUGCCUCUCUGGUCAGAUUGUUGCUGUUGCCUUUGUUGGCUAUUCCCUGCUUAACUAGUAGUAACUCUGCUUAUUGAUGACUUCCGUUUCUCGCCAAGUCCAGUUUCCUUUCCUUAUCCAUCUAUCCUGUUUGGGAUUUUAGUCCUUACCCGCUGGGCCUUUUACUUCCAAGCAGCAAAAUUGUUUCUUCUUUCCUUAUUUAUUUACUUUCACCAAUUUGAUUCAUUAGAAUACUUGAAUUGCAUUUCUCUUCAAUAGGAAAUAAACCCCCUUCCCUCCUUUAAGUCUAUCAUUGUUUGGCUGCUGUAUUUGGGUUUCUUUCCUAUUUCAGUUUCCCAAUUAAAGAAUUAUAUUUUCUGAUUUGCUUUGGCUGCUCUGUUUGAUAAUGCGACAGAUUCUCUGUAUUUAUAUAUGAGUCUCUCUUGAAUGGGCUCUCACAAGUCAUCAUCCCAAGCAAAUUGGAAGGAGAGUUAUUGAACUUGUGAGUAGCCAUGGAGAAUUCUUCUGAGAGAGUGCAGAGAAAUGGACCGAUCUACGAUGGCCACGACUCAAGGAACUCACCUUAUGAAACUUUCCUAAAGGGAUCAUUACCUUGGCUCUAUACAAGAGUGUUUUAUGUUAGAGUUAGCGAAUGGGAGAUCGAUGAUUCCACCCCAGAGUACCUCAUAUUAAAUCACAUUCCAUUGGAUCACCAUACCCUUCUUGAAUUAAAUGGUGUUCGAAGUAGCAUCGAUUCGGACGGUGUCUCAACUCUCCUCAGAAGGGAUCGGUUAGAUAAGAAGUCCGAAGAAGCUACAUUUGUGGGCACUGAUUGUAUAAGGAUGACAGGUAAUGUGAAGUUUGAGGUUUUGGAUAAGGGUGUUCUUCUUCUGUCUGGGGUUUUAGAAUUGAGUACUAAUGUUAAUGGAUUUAUCGGGGAACCGAAAGAUUAUCACCAGGGAUGGAGAAUGAAUUGCGAAUCACAUCUGCCUGCCGGGGUUGGCUUCUUGAAGGGAAAACAAUACAUGGGUCAUGAGUUGACUUCACCAAUAAUCGAGGUUUAUGUAGCUGGCUGCUUCUCAGGCAACCCAAUUAUCUUAACUAAGACUUUGAGGCUUAGUUCUGGAAAAAGGAAAAUGAGAAAGGGCAUGUUGGAUUCCAUACCGAAGUCUAUGGGAAGUGAAUGCCCGAAAAAUUUUCCAUCCGGGGUUGCUUCGCAGAUACCGGAAUAUCCCAACGACAAGGGAGAAGAUGAAGACAACAAUAACCUGUACUCAAGGACAGAAUGUUUAGAGGGUGAAGAUGGAGAACUCUUAUGGUUCAAUGCUGGUGUGAGGGUGGGUGUUGGAAUUGGCCUCGGUGUUUUUCUUGGACUUGGGAUAGCAGUGGGCUUGCUGGCUCGAGCCUACCAAGGAACCACCCGCAACUUCAGACAUCAACGAAUGCUGUGAUCCACAUAUGCUCUUUCAGUUCCUCGUCCUCACAACCCAGCACCACCCAUGCUACACAAGGCUGCUAAUCUUGUAAGGUCUCGCAUUACCUUCCACUGCAACCAAGCAGCCAGAACCAUGAAUCCAAACUAAUUCCAAACUUGGAGUUUCCAGGAACCUGCUGCCAAUAAUUUUGUAGGAGAGAAGGGCUUUCCAGGUCAGGAUCCUUCUUCUGUUGCAAUUGCAGUCCACUGACAAGACCUCUUCUCUACUCUCUCUCUCUCUCUGUCCAAGUUAAAAUUUUGCUUGCCAAGGGAUGUUGAUGGCAUAUAGUUUCUAGUGUUGCAGAAAACCAUGGUUUUGAUUUUCAUCCAAAAAUAAUUCUUGGCCAUGUAAAAAGCUGCCGAGGCCUAAAUACAUUGUCUCUAUGCAGCUUAUUGUUUGCUGCUUUUUGGUUUCCUCCAGCAAGGGGAUUUGCUAGAAUUUGAUUUUUGAACCGAUGGCCAUCUCUGUAGGGCUUGGUGUUCCUGGUAUCUGCCGAAAGCCAGAAACAUAUCCAAACUGGAAUGCUGUCCAUUGCUUUAGAUAAUUCUUCCAGUAAAAAGUAAAUUAAAAAAUUCAGGUUAAUACAAGGUACCUUUUUCAA